AUGAAAAACAUGGAUGCUCCAGUGAUCCUGGACUCUGGCCAAAUAUCGUGGAUGGUCUCCAUGAUCUAUCUUGGACACUUAAUCAGCCCCAUACCAAGUGGAAUGAUGAUGGAUAAGUACGGAAGGAAGCAAGCGAUUCUCCUUUUAGCUUUACUACCUCUCAUCUCAUGGCUGAUGAUUUUUUGCACAGCUUCAGCAACGUCUUUGUACAUCGCCAGAUUCAUCGCAGGGCUUUGGGCUGGCGCUACUUCCACCAUAAUACCCAUCUAUAUUGGGGAAAUUGCUGAACCAAAGUUGCGAGGGUCGCUAACGAUGUUUACACAUCUCAUGAGAAACUUUGGAGUUCUUUUGGUUUACUUUGUCGGCCCUUACGUUUCUUAUUCAGAACUCGCAAUGAGUUGUGCAAUUUUGACAUUUUUAUUCAUUGUGUCUUUUGCUUUCUUACCAGAAUCGCCGCACUAUCUCUUAAUGCAUGGGAAAGAGGAACAAGCUUAUAAAUCACUCAAUUGGCUAAGAGGUAGUAGAGGAAAUGCUUCCGUCAAUGACGAGUUACACAAAAUGAAAGAAGCGAUGAAUAAACAGCUGAUGAACAAAGGGUCUUUCAAGGACGUUUGGAACAACAAAGGAAACAGAAAGGCAUUUAUUAUAUCUGAAGUUUAUUCUGUUACUAAAAGAUUAACAGGUUCAGGAGUUUUGCAAGCUUACGUUUCAAUGACGUUGCCGGCUUUAACAUUUGGAAUCUUCAACCCAGACGACUGUGCGAUCAUUCUCGGUUUGAUUAGUUUAAUUUCUUCCGUCACAUCUGUUUUUCUCGCUGUUCAUUUCAACCGACGAUGUCUAAUAACUGUUUCUUCAGCUGGAUGUGCAUUAACGAUGGCGUUAGUUUCAACAUGGUUCUAUCUCCGUGACACCGAUUACGAUGUACAACGCUACAGUGACUGGUUGUUUAUUUCUUAUAUACUUUACAACUCUACUUUUUCAUUAGGGCUCGGUCCAAUAGGGACGAGUAUGAAGGGGGAAUUGUUUGCUGCUAAUGUAAAGGCGAUAUGUUCUUCCCUCACGACCAUAUUUGUCGCUAUCACCUCGUUUAUACUAAACAAAUUCUUUUUAGUGAUCGCAGAAUCUUUUGGCAUGCAUGUUAACUUCAUGAUUUACUCAUUAAGCUGUAUUUUUACAAUAAUCUUUACAUGGGCUUAUGUGCCAGAAACACAGGGUAAAUCUUUGGAAGAAAUACAAAAUCUGUUACAGGGUACUAGUAGAAAAUUAAGUAAAAAGACUCAUAAAAAACAAAUUUGAAACAUGAGACAUUUUCUACAGUAGGCAAGUUUUUUUUAAUGUAUGGAUUUCAAAAGUACCUUACACACUAGAGAGAGGUCUAGACUUCUUUUUAAAAGAUUAG